AUGCAGAGGAACCUUAUAAGGAUUGUGUUUCAAAACACUAAACAAUUCAAUGUUCGUUAUAUGGCUACUAAAGCUGAUGACGUUGUUACCCAUACAGGUCAGAAAUGGGAUUGCCGUGACUAUCGAAUGUGCCGGUUUAUGCACUCACCGAAACUAGUUAACCCCAAUUGGCCGGUAAAGUUGGUGGCUGCAAUACCUCCAAAAAAAAUAUCAGGCAGAAUUGUGUGGUGUGACGGGGGCAGUGGAGCUGAAGGGCAUCCUCGGGUUUACAUAAAUUUAGAUAAACCAGGUCCUCAGUAUUGUAUGUAUUGCAGUGCAGGCUUUGUCAAAGCAGGAAACGAGGAACCUUCAACGAAUUUAAUAUGCAAGUAA